AUGAUUUGUCCAGAAAUGAUUGUAUCGAUGUUAAUCUGUGAGCGAAUGCGUCGAAAUGAAUCGAUUGUGAUUGUUGGUGCACAGCGAUAUUCAGAUUAUGCAGGAUACGGCAACUCGUUUCAGUGGUAUCCAUUACAUGCGCCCGAAGCACUUUCGAGAGAUCGUUUCGAGCGUUUACACUGUGAACUGGUCGCAAUAGACGCAUUGCCAUUUUCGCAGCCAAAACAUCAGUUCACUGUUGAUCUCGUGGACAGAGAGCUUUUGAAGGCCUAUUGUGGAUUCCGCGUACGAGACGGAUCAUCAAAAGCAAUCGCGACUGGUAAUUGGGGAUGUGGUGUUUUCGGUGGAGAUUUACGUCUCAAAAGUAGUCGAUUUCGCAUUCAUUUAAGGAUUUCUAUUCGCUUUUAA